CUUUACCCUCCCGGACCUUUCGCAAAGCUUUUAAUUUUUGUACUAUUCUGACCGAAUAAGGAACCGUAUUAUCUCUACAUUUUACUAGCGAUCGUUUAAGCAGCCCACCCCAGGUACACAUCAACCAUGAACAACGCACUUUUCCGGUUGCGCACAAACACCACGGCAGUCUCGGGCGUCGCACUGCGCCUGACCCGCAGCGGCACCACCGCAUACAAGCCCAUCGCCAGCCGCUACCUCCUGGCCUCUGGUCUUCACACGUCACGCAUUCAGCUCGAUGGCGGGCACAUCAGCCCGAUCAAGGCAUUCGCCGAGUCGAUCAAGCGGCAGGUGAAGGAGAACCAGGAGAUGCAAGAGAACAUGAAGCUGCUGGAGGACCGUAGCAGCAAGAUUGCGGAUUCUGCGGCGAUGAAGAAGACAAAAGAGGCGGCAUCGGCAAGUUCCGAGGCGCUCAAGAAGACAGCCAAAGUUGUUGGCGGCGCGGUGGGCGAGGGAAUCAAGGUUGUCGCCGAUACGCCGGUGGUGAAGGUGACGGGCGCGGCCGUCAAGACCACAGCCAAGGCUGUAGGCACGGCAGCAUCGGCGGCGACGGCGCCUAUCCGUAAUACCGAGACGUAUAAGACGGUCGAGCGCAACGUCAAGGGCUAUGUGGACGAGGCGUCGCUGCAGUACGGUGGGUACCGGGACAAGGAGACGCGGGCGCGGUCGCGCAUCAUGAGCCGCACGAACAAGGCGCGGUCUUUUGCAGAGUACCAGCGCACACGUGUUGUCAAGGCCGACGAGAACGCCGGCGAGGGCAUGGUGUUGCACAAGGAUUCCAAGUGGAAGGAGAGCUGGGAUAAUUUCAAGUCGACCAACUCGGUGAUGCAGGGCAUCUUCAAGGCGCGCAAGGACUAUGAGGAGAGCGAGAACCCCGUGAUCGAGGCGUCCAGGGUAGUCACUGACAAGGUGCGCGGCGUGUUUGGCUUCUUCUUUAACGAGACCGAGUCGGCGACGGCUCUGCGUCAGAUCCGCGAUCAGAUCGACCCGACGUUUAAUAUCGAGGACUUCAUCCGCGAGUGCCGCGAGUUCAUUAUCCCUGAGAUCCUGGACGCAUACCUGCACAGUGACGCAGAGACGCUGAAGGUGUGGUGCUCGGAGGCCUCGUAUAAUGUGCUGACGGCCAUCUUCACGGCACAGGUGCAGCAGGGCGUUAUCAGCGACUGCAAGAUCCUGGACAUGCGCCACGUCGACUUCCACUCGGCGCGCAUGCUGGAGAACGACGUGCCUGUCAUUGUCGUGACUUUCCAGACACAGGAAAACAACGUCUUCCGCGACAAGAAGACCGGCGAGAUCGUCCAGGGGUCUGAGGACGUCAUUGAGGCCUGCCACUACGUCUCGAUCUUCACCAAGGUUCCCGAGAACGCCGACGAUCCAGUCACCAACGGCUGGAAGAUGAUCGAUCUGGCCAAGCAGGCUUCGCGCCUACCUGGUAGACGCACCCAAAAGUACCUUUUUCGAGAUAGACAUUCAGCACAAUUUAUUUUUUGACAGCUGCAGACGAGCCCAGUGCCACGCACCCUUUACCACGAUGCCUUGUCGACACCCGGCAGAUCGCCGUUCAGCGCGUGCAGGCGGAACUGGAAGCGGCACAUCUUCCACUCGUUGAAGAUACCGCGACCACGGCCGGUAAUAAGGCAGCGGUUCUUAAUGGCCGUCGGGCUGGCCUCGCGCGGCGUGCGAUUCAGCGCCAGCUGCGCCUGCAUGCGAAUUUGAGGCUCCAGUGUCGUGUUGCGCGACAUGUACCGCCAUAUUGUCCGCUCCAGCUCCUUGUCCACAAUCGACUUGCGCGCCUUGAUGUUACGGAGGAUUCUCGACUUCAUUUGUGGACUGAAUAAAGGCUAGGCAAGAAAAUGU